CUGGUUCAAACAGACAUUGGGAGACAAACCCUCUAUGGUAGUACAGUCACAAGCGCAUGCUUCAACAGAAUACUCUGAAGGUUUUAAAAAUGGACGGUUUAUGCUUGACACAGGAGUGUCACACUUCCAUCUAAUAAUUGCAAAUGCUAGUCCCUCAGAUGAGGGAACAUACUUCUGUGGAAUGAGAGAAUCAUAUGACAUCACGUUUGGAAAUGGAACAUAUUUGGCAAUUGAAGGUGAGCAAUGGUCUGCUACUGACAGAGUGGUCCAGGCCCCAAUACCAGACCCGGUUUAUCAAGGAGAUUCAGUGACUCUGCAGUGCACAGUCAGUACUGAGAAACAAACAGAGGAGUACAGAGUACUCUGGUUCAGAAGAUCUACAGGAGAUUCCCAGCCAGGUCUCAUUUACUCUCCCACAAACAGGAGCCGGGAGUGUGAGGAUCACUGUGUCUACAGGCUCCCCAAGAGCAAUCUCACACUCUCUGACAGUGGAGUCUAUUACUGCGUUGUGGACAUAUGUGGUCAAGUCAUUUUUGGAAAUGGAACAGUACUGGAAAUUAGAUCCAUGGCAUUAUUUAAUACCAUGCUCAGUUUGGCAGGAAUGCUGGGCUUAUGCAUUUGUCUUAUAAUAUAUUUGGUCUGGCUUAACUACCAUGCAAGAGAGUGUACGCACUGCAAAGGAAAAUGUGCUCAUGCAGCUGAACCAAAAGAAUCUCCUUUGAACCGCUUUGAAACCCAGGGUGGGGGUGCUGACACUGCGGUGGUUAAUUAUACAACUCUUCACUUCUCCGAGAGCAAACCCAAAGCAGGAAGAAAGAGAGAGACAUCGACACAUGGCGUUGUGUAUUCUGAUGUGCGACACCAAGAACAACAGGCCAUCUAAUAGAACUAGUCUUUAGGCCUUUGAAUAGAACUUGGCCUAGUGUUUAGGCCUUCAUAUAGAACCUGAUAGGCCUUUGUAUAGAACCUAGUAUUUAGGCCUUCAUACACAUAUGAUCUCUAUGUCUCUGGACUAUUUCUGAAACAUACACCUUUGUUUAGUAAUUGGACAGUAAUGGUGUGGUAUUUUUAUGUUAUGGAACAUAUUUGUUGCCAUAAUUAUAAACUCAU